AUGCUCACCUCUCGAUCGGCCCACCCGCAUUAUCGCAAACCUGUUGCUCAAACUGCACUAGAUGUAACUGAAAGCGUCUACGCUGCACCGCCGUUAGAUCUUUCUUUUAAAUCUAUCCUAUCGUUCGAAAUGCUCCUCAAUAUGAAGAUGGAAGACAUAGAACCGCGUAAGUGCGGGAAGAAAUUAAAACGAGACGCCGAAGGCAGGUUUUGCACCACCGCUUUGAAGUUGAAUAACAAUGUCAUCGAACAUUGGAAUGGUUUUUGUGAAGUCGUAGAAAGGCUUGUUUCAAAGCCAGAAGAUUUGUCGUGGAUCGAUCUCUCAUUUAACGCCUUCUCAACCAUCGGCGAAGCCAUUUUCAAGUUCCCGAGCGUACGCAUAUUGUAUCUCCAUGGAAACGAAAUUGAGCGUAUUGAUGAGAUUGAUAAGCUUGUGCAGAUGCCCAACCUGAAGAGCGUGACCCUUCAUGGCAAUCCCUUGGAAGAGGAAAAGCGGUACAGGCAGUAUAUGUUGACUGCUCUCCCGGACAUCCGUGCACUAGAUUUCGUCACUAUAACAAAAGCCGACAGAGAAACUGCCGGGGUAAUCAACGAUUUGUAUCGUUUGCGAAACAGAAAGAAAACACGGAAAACGCGUACCAUUUGA